GGAUUAUUUGGAUUCACCCAAAGCUCCAUUCAGUGGUUUCUUCUCCAGUUGCAGCAAGUGGGUGGGCUUUAAGCAGAUAAUUCUAAAUAGUCGCCUUUCUGGUACAGACCAUCUGGGCAAGUGGUGGCUGCCAGUGCCCCUGACCCACUUGAGAAGAACCCUGCUGACAAUUCCCCAAUCACUCAUAUUGUCUAGUUCCCCUUGAAUGCUCCCAGAGGAGCACCCUGAAACCAAAGCUCCUUGUUUGACUGAUGGACAUCAGUCUUUUCUCUGCAGGGUGAGGCCAACCCAUGUGAUAGACUUUGUAUCUCAGCUCCAGAAAGCAGCAUGACUUGGUGGAAAGAGCACUUGUCUGGGAAUCACAUGACCUGGAUUCUUGUUCCAGCUCCACCACUUGCCUGCUCUGUGACCUUGGGCAGGGGUCAGAGCCUCAUGGCAUGAAAGCAGGCGACAAGCGGGCAUCAUCGGGGCCGUGUUAGCGGGAACCCAUCUGGGAGAACCAUGGCGGCGGCGGCAGCCUCACCCCUGAACCUGGAGGCACUGCGGGAGGUUCUGGAGUGCCCCAUCUGCAUGGAGUCCUUCACAGAGGAGCAGCUCCGGCCCAAGCUCCUCCACUGCGGCCACACCAUCUGCAAGCAAUGUCUGGAGAAGCUACUGGCAGGCAGCAUCAAUGGCGUUCGCUGCCCCUUCUGCAGCAAGAUCACCCGCCUCACCAGCCUGGCCCAACUGACCGACAACCUGACGGUGCUGAAGAUCCUGGACACUGCGGGGCUGGGGGAGGCUGUGGGACUCCCGUUGUGUCGGGCCUGUGGGCGCCGUCUCCCCCGCCAGUUCUGCAAGACGUGCCGCGUGGUGCUGUGCGAUCCCUGCGGGGAGGCGGGGCACCCGGGCCCCAGCCACGCCCUGCUCCCCGUCAAGGAGGCGGCCGAGGAGCGGCGGCGGGGCUUUGGCCGGAGGCUGGCCCGGCUGAGGGAGCAGAUGGCAGAGUUGCAGCAGCGGAAGGCUGCCCUGGAGGGGGUCUCCAAGGACCUGCAGGCCCGCUCCAAGGCGGUGCUGCAGGAAUAUGGGCGCGAGGAGCGCCGGGUCCAGGAGGAGCUGGCCCGCUCCCGCAAGUUCUUCACGAGCUCCCUGGUGGAGGUUGAGAAAGCCAACACCCUAGUGGUGGAGGAGCAGGCCUACUUGUUGAACAUCGCGGCUGUGCAGGCGGUGUCUCGCUGCGACUACCUCCUGGCCAAGAUCAAGCAGGGGGAUGUGGCCCUCCUGGAGGAGGAGGAGGCGGCGGCGGCCGCUGAGGAGGAGGAGGAGGAGUUGGAGCCGAGUGCCAGUCUGCUCCGGGAGCUGACCCUUCAGGAGGUGGAGUUCCUCAAGGUGGGCCACGUGGGCCCACUACAGAUCGGGCAGGCGGUCAGGAAGCCACGGACUGUAAGACUGGAGGACUUGUGGGCGGCGAGGCGGGAGGCGGAGGGUGGGGAGGAGGAGGAGGCUGCCGUGGCCUCCACCUCUGCAGCGGCCUUCCGAGACCAAGACCCGAGCCCCGAGGAGGCGGCCCCCAGCCCCGGGGCCUCCCCGGCCCGGCAGAGGGGCCCUGAGCCUGCGGCCAGUGGCCAGCAGUGCCACUUCCUCAAGAAGAUGGGAUCGAAGGGCAGCAGCCCAGGGAUGUUCAACCUCCCCGUCAGCCUGCAUGUCGGGGGCCAGGGGGAGGUCCUGGUGGCCGACCGCGGCAACUACCGCAUCCAGGUGUUCACCCGAAAGGGCUUCCUGAGGGAGAUCCGUCGGAGCCCCAGCGGCAUCGACAGCUUCGUGCUUAGCUUCCUAGGGGCAGACCUGCCCAACCUCACCCCGCUCUCAGUAGCCAUGAAUAGCCAGGGACUGAUUGGCGUGACCGACAGCUACGACAACUCUGUCAAGGUCUACACCCUGGAGGGCCACUGUGUGGCCUGCCACCGCAGUCAGCUGAGCAAGCCCUGGGGCAUUGCAGCCCUGCCCUCGGGACAGUUCGUGGUCACCGACGUGGAAGGGGGCAAACUCUGGUGCUUUACGGUCGACCGAGCGGUGGGUGUGGUCAAGUACAGCUGCCUCUGUAGCGCCGUGAGGCCCAAGUUCGUCACCUGUGAUGCUGAGGGGACUGUCUACUUCACCCAGGGACUGGGCCUCAACCUGGAGAACCGGCAGAUCGAGCACCACCUGGAGGGAGGCUUCUCCAUAGGCUCCGUGGGCCCCGACGGACAGCUGGGCCGCCAGAUCAGCCACUUCUUCUCGGAGAAUGAGGACUUCCGCUGCAUCGCCGGCAUGUGCGUGGACGCCCGCGGGGAUCUGAUCGUGGCCGACAGCAGCCGCAAGGAGAUCCUGCACUUCCCCAAGGGUGGGGGCUACAGUGUCCUCAUCCGGGAGGGACUCACCUGCCCCGUGGGCAUAGCUCUGACCCCCAAGGGACAGCUGCUGGUGCUGGACUGCUGGGAUCACUGCAUCAAGAUCUACAGCUACCAUCUGAGGAGAUAUUCCACCCCUUAGGAAGGCCCAGAGGGCCUCCCCUCACCCCAGUGGUCUCUGGGGAGCCCCUCUAGGGGUUGGUGGUGCCAUAAGUUAGGUUCGCGGGUUUCUGGGGGUGUGUAUAAGUCCUGUCCCUUUGGCUGUCUAGACUUCGAAGGAUCUGAAGGAUCCAGCGAGGAAAGCGGGUGUGAGGCUGCAUUGGAGGCCCCGGCUUGCCACUGGUCUGUGCCUCCACCUUACUGUUCCCAGGACCGAUGAGCCCCACUGGCGGACACCCUGCCGAACAGCUGCCAACUCUGUUGGAGACCUGGGGGUCAUCGGCGUGCCUCCUGGGGACCGGGACCACCGCUUGCCCUGUAGAAUUAGCAUGUCGUCGGGGGACACCGUUCUCCCUUGCUCCUUGUUCGCCAUCAGUGUCAUUUCACAAGUCCUGUCCCCAUCGUGUUGUGACUGAGCCCAACUCACCUCUCCCAGCGUGAAUCAAGUGCAGUGCACCCGGAGGGUGGGUGCACACUAACUACUCAGCUGAGCUCUUCAAGGACCAGAAAUAACUUUCUACAACAGGAUUUGCCUUGGCCAAGUAUGGAGGAGAAAGGAGGAGCUGACACCCACCCCCCCACCAGUUUCUGCCGAAAACUCUCUCGGGAAUAACCAAUUUCGAUGUGGCCUGCCUCCCAGUGGGUGCUGGGACUUGAAAUGUGGCCAAAGUAGGGAAAUACUUUAGUAAACCAGAUCAAAUGUGACAAAUGGUGGACGCAUUUGUAAUUUCCGUAGCCCGCAAGUGUGCUCCCCUCCUUUUCUUGAUAGGGUUCCAAUGGUCUGUGAUUUGUGUUGUCUGAGAAACUUAAAACAGAGAGGGGGAAAAAUGGCUCUCUCCUUCAUUACUGCAAGGCCCUUCACUUGAUAUUUAUCUGGCUUUUAAUCCCAUUGGAGGGUAAAACAUUUUGUUUCAGGUGUCAUUUCCUUGCCUUAGCACUAAAUAAUUAGGGGUGAUUCUACCAGCAUCCAUGCUCUUUCCUUUACUAAAUGUGGGAGGGCCCUUUUUAUGCAGAAGUAGCCAUCUGGGGAAAUUGGGUUUCUUAGCAAGCAGUAUUAUCCAAAAAGCCCACUGUGAAAGAACUGUUUUUUCUGGCCCCUCCAAACCAACUGCACAGGUUGGGGAGGUCAAAAUUUCCACCCCAAUUGGUACGAUUGUUGGUGGUUUUCAAUCUCCACUGAGCUGUUUUGAGUUAAAUCUCCAGCUGUACGGCCUUCUAAUUACUAGGGAGCUACUGAGAAAGGAUGCAACUUUUUUUUUAAGAAGAUAUAUUUAAGGAUCUAGUGUAGAUGCCUAAAAAUUUGUCUGAAGAAAACUGCUGCCCUGGUAUAUUAGGUCCCAAAAUGGGAAAGGAAGUCAUGGCCGUCCUGCCAUAGAUGUGGGGGAAGCUUUUCUUCCACCCGCUCUAUAUUCACUGGGAAGAUCGUUUGGCCAGGCAACCUGACUUGAAACUAUAAUUUUUUGUUCCUGUUGUGAUUAGCUCCCCUUGGAGAGGAAAUAGAGUAAUUAAAGAGGGUGCUUAACUAGUUUGUCUUGUGCUUUCCUCCCGGAGAAAACUCGCCUUUGAUUAUGAAAUUGGGUCUGAUUUGAAAAGAUAGUGUAAUAGGAGGAAAAUUGAUCCAAUUAAAAGUGUAUCACAAA